UUAAGUUUUCAAAUUAACUUAUUUCCACAAAUCCCACUUUUUUUUAAAGAAAUCAGUUUAACCACUUCACUUAAAUUCACUCUCUACUUUUUAGAUCAAUCAUCCAAAUCCCUAAUUUCUAUCGUUAAUCUCUUCUUAUAUACCAAAUUCUGCUCAAAAGUAAGCUAUUGGAGUGCAAAAUUUGGGGCAAUUUCACUCAAACUGAAGAUUUCUACGCCAAUUUCUACCAAAUUACGAGCAAUUUCUUUAUCAGUGUAGUCUAAUGGCGGUCUUGGAACCCGCGGAGCAGGACACCAUGCCUCCGCCGAAGAAGAAACAGCUUUCCGAAGAUGAUAAAAGAAGGAAGAAGAAUCUUGUGCCUGGAGGAUUGUUGAAGGCUGAAUUGAGACCUGGUGGAGGAGAAUCUACACCUUCUGAUGGUGAUCAGGUAAUCUACCAUUGCACUGUGCGUACAAUGGAAGGAGUUGGUGUUUACUCUACCAGAAAAGAUUUUGGAGGUACGGGAGCGCCUAUAAGGCAAGUUUUGGGUAAAAGCAAGAUGAUACUGGGAUUGCUUGAAGGAAUACCUACAAUGCAGAAGGGUGAAGUUUGCAUGUUCAGGAUGAAAUCUGGGAUGCAUUAUGGUGAGCCUGAUUGCCCAGUUCCAGUCUCAGAGGGCUUCCCAAAGGAUGUUGAUCUCAACUUUGAGAUUGAACUCAUUGAUUUUGGCAAAGCUAAGGUUAUUUCUGAAGAUCUUGGAGUUGUGAAAAAGGUCAUAAAAGACGGGCAAGGUUGGGAGUCGCCAAGGGCUCCUUAUGAAGUAAAAGCUUGGAUAUCUGCAAAAACUGCAGAUGGAAGGUUGAUUUGGAGUCAUGUUGAGGGAGAACCGUUUUUCUUUAUAUUUGGAAACUCAGAGUUGCCUAAAGGUCUUGAGAUGGGAAUUGGAACUAUGACAAGGAGGGAGAAGGCCAUGAUCUAUGUAACCAAUCAAUACUUGACUGCAUGUGCAGUCCUUCCUCAAGUAAAAGGUCUGGAAGAAGUUCAUUUUGAAGUGGAACUAGUUCACUUUGUCCAGGUCCGCGAUGUGCUUGGAGAUGGACGACUCAUUAAACGACGGAUCCGUGAUGGAGAAGGGGAAUUUCCCAUGGACUGCCCACUUCAGGACAGUCAACUAUGUGUCCAUUACAAGGGCAUGCUUCUGGAUGACAAGAAGACAGUCUUCUAUGAUACAAGAAUUGAUAAUGAUGGUCAGCCACUAGAGUUCUGUUCUGGAGAAGGCCUGGUACCAGAAGGCUUUGAAAUGUCUGUACGAUUAAUGUUACCUGGGGAACUAGCUCUUGUUACUUGCCCGCCUGAUUAUGCAUAUGACAAGUUUCCAAGGCCAGCUAAUGUUCCAGAAGGGGCAUAUGUGGAAUGGGAAAUUGAACUUCUUAAUUUCGAGAUGCCAAAGGACUGGACUGGUUUGGAUUUCAGAGGUAUUAUGGCCGAGGCAGAGAAUAUUAGAUCCACGGGUAACAGGCUUUUCAAGGAAGGAAAAUAUGGAUUGGCAAAAGCUAAAUAUGAGAAGGUGCUUCGGGACUUUAAUCAUGUUAAUCCCCAGGAUGACGAAGAAGGGAAAGAGUUUCUGAAUGCAAGAAACAUGUUACAUUUAAAUGUUGCUGCCUGCUAUCUGAAAAUGGGGGAGUGCAGAAAGUCCAUUGAAACAUGUGACAAGGUAUUAGAUGCCAACCCUGUCCAUGUCAAAGCUUUGUAUCGCCGCGGAAUGGCCUAUAUGGAACUUGGAGAAUUUGAGGAGGCAAAAAAUAAUUUCGAUAAGAUGAUGAAACUUGACAAAUCAUCUGAAUCUGAUGCUAAAGCAGCCUUACAAAAAUUGAAGCAAAGGGAACAGGAAACUGCAAGAAAAGCUAAGCAGCAAUUUAAAGGAUUAUUUGACAAAAGACCUGGUGAGAUUGCAGAGGUCAGCACUGAAAGAGCAGAGCAAGUAACAGACGGAAAUUCUUGUGAGAACAAUAAUGAUAAUGAAGAUUCAAGUAAAGCAAAAUCAGAUGAAAAACAUGUAGUAGCACCUAAAAGGAGCCUUGGGUUAAUCAUCAGCUUAAGCUUUAUAGUGUUUCUAGUUUUUUUCGUAUUGUUCCUCUUAUACGGUGGAGAGCUGCUCGGAAUUUCUUCUCUGCCAGAUGCCAUGCCACUACAUGAUAUUGAUGAACUGUAGAUGACUUCAGGUUGAGCUUAGAUAGAUUUGUUGUGGCGUAUAGGGACCCAUUUGAAGAAAACUUAUCAUUGUCAAUGUGAAAACUAGACACUGGAGCUAGAAGGGAAAAAUUUUCGAGGGCACUCUCACGUAUUGUAUGUUUUGUUGUUAUUACACAUAGUUAGGAUCAAGCACUGGCAUAUUGUUAGCCAAAAAUUAGAAAUUUCUCUUGGUGAGUUGUAGUGGACAAAUGGUCCAUUCACAGACAUUUUGUAUCAGUUGUUAACUAUUGAUAAUACCAAUAUACCCUUGAAAGUGGAUCAUGUUGUCUACA